AUGAGUGUGACGGACAUGUUCUCUGAUGAAACAGUGGAACUGAUCCGUGUGUCAACCGUACAAGAUGUGGAACAUUUACCAUCAGCACAUUCAUCAUCACGACCUUCACUAUUCAAAGUGGUUAUGUGGACGAUUCGAGUAAAAUCGAAAUAUUUGAGGGUUGCAUCGAUAUUCGGAAAUUAUUGCAGGUAUACGGUAACGACAACGAGUGAAACGGGCAAUCGUCUUGCAUCUGCAUUAAGCACAAAAAGCGCCAGUCAAGAACAACCAGCAGUCCGGAUCAAGGCUCGUUGGCAAAGUAUUAGCAUAUUACCAUUACGUGCUUAUGAUGACUUUCUACACUACCUCUCGUGUAAUUACUUAUCGUUAUGUAAUCACCUGGAACCAGUGCUUUCAGUUAGAGCGAAGGAGGACUUGGCUACGGCGCUUGUCCGCGUACUGCACAAACAGAAACUCGCCAACGAUUUCCUUUGUGAACUAGUCAUGUCGGAAGUCGAUUCCCUUGAUAACGACCAUUUAAUGUUUCGAGGAAACUCGUUGGCAACGAAGGCUAUGGAAGCAUAUAUGAAACUGAUUGCCGACGAGUAUUUACAAUCCGUUCUGGGCGACUUCGUUCACAAUGUCUUGUCAUCGAAUGAAUCUUGUGAGGUUGAUCCCUUGAAGCUAAACGGUGUAUCCGCUUCGACGCUGGACAAGAAUCGAGCUCUUCUUACUAGACUUGUAGAAUUAGCCUGGGAGAAGAUUAUUAACAGCACGUCUGCUUUUCCAAUGGAGUUACGCAUGGUAUUCAGCGCUUUACGUGACCGAUUAGAAUCCCAAGGACGAAGUUCGCUGGCUGACACUCUAAUUUCCUCAUCAAUAUUCCUCCGAUACCUUUGCCCAGCGAUUCUCAGCCCAAGCCUGUUCAACCUGGUAACGGAAUAUCCUAGUGGAGUGACAGCCAGAAAUCUAACGCUCAUCGCAAAGACUCUUCAAAAUUUGGCAAAUUUUACGAAAUUUGGUGGAAAAGAGCAUUAUAUGGAGUUUAUGAAUGGUUUUGUCGAACGAGAAUGGCAGCGGAUGAAGGAUUUCCUACGACGAAUAUCAACAGGGCAAUCGUUGCGACCACCAACUGAAGUAAUUAUUGAUAUGGGCAAAGAUUUGAGCCUUCUGAACACCUACCUGGAAGAAGCAUGGACACCAGAAGUGCAUGAGCGAGCACGAAGUGCUGAUAAACGACUAGCCGAACUUCGUGAAAUCCUUUUGGGUUUACAUGAACACAAUCGUCGAUCACAUAUGUCAACUUCUGGAAUACUACAAUCACCUGUAUGUCAACAAAAUAGUAGUGACUAUGAGAAUAGUCCAAACCAAAUUCUCAGGCCACGUAAUGAGAACGUGCCGGCGUACCGUUCCACUCCACCAACAGGUCAGGCAACUGUGAUUACUCGUAAUCGACCUGCACAUCAUCUGUUCACCAACGACGAUUAUGUGCUCAGCACGGCAUUUCAGAACUCUUCUCGUCAGCUGACAAGACUGAGCGGUGAAACUGGCACUUCAAGUAGUCAUGUCAGUGAAAAGACGUCGAGCAGUGGUGAUGCCAGGGAUACGGACAGCGAGACUGAAGUCGUGGGGUUACUUUCUGAACGAGCACGUACACGAAAGACACGCCGUCGUUGUGACGAUUCACCACCGGGUAGCCAACCAGCCUCUAGUGGAUAUCAUAGUAAUAACCAGAGCAGUAACUCCUCAUCAUCAUCACCGAUUGAUCGAACAACGGCCCUGUCCAUCUCCAAUCCGGCGUUCAAUGCCACUUCGUCCAUGUACAACAGCACCUCAGGCUUCCCCGAUAUUCAUCCCGGUCCGUCAGGAAUGGGAGGCUAUCGAAGGUUGAGUCCUCCCCCGUAUCAUCCUGAUAUGCAUAAUGGCGUUUCACAUCAGCCGGUGUACGCCAUUCCACCUGAUUGUGAUUCGCAACGCAGUAGCCUCAGCGGUAAAACUAGCCUACCUAGAACGAACCCGAGAGCCACGCGAAAUUCAAUCAUGUUAAGGCCGACAGUGAUCGAUGUGGUUCCGGAUGAUUGGGAUCGAUCUCCUAAUGUACGUGAGAAUUGGAACGGUUCAUCGUACGAACAGCAAAAACACUUGGAAAUCAUUGAGCACCAAAAACGUGAAAUAGAACGAUUGAUUCGAGAAAAUGAGAUCUUGAAGCGGCACGUGGCAGCUACAUGUCCUUCUCUCGAUCAGAACAAGAGUGAGCAUAAUCCCAGCGACGAUUCCGGUGAAAGCUUCGAUUCGAUUGGAUCCACCGAGUUACAUCGCGCUAACGCGGCACCGUUGCUUGCCGCAGCGAUGGCCCCACCGAUGGUUACGGUUGUCCCUCGAUAG